AUGAACACCAUCGCCGUCUCCCUAACCCUAUGUUUAUGUUUGGUCGCCGCCAACUCACAAGGACUAUACCCUGAUCGAUUCUACGUGCCAAAACCCCUCGGUAUGCCCGAUAAUCGAGCAGGUGAGCUUUUUGAGCAUUAAGAUGCAAGUGCUAAUGCUUUUGGGUAUUAUACUUCAAGUACUAGUGCUUUUGAGCAAUAUAAUUAAAUUUUUGUAUUUUUUUUUGAAAUUAAAAAAAAAAGAUUAUUACGCAAAUUAAAAUAUUGUUUUUUCCAGAUCUAAGCAGCGAGAGCCAAGACACAUACCGACCAAACCGAGUAUAUCCACUAUUCAAACGGUAAGUUGAAGAAUAUAUACUCAUAACUUAACUCUCAUACAUUCAACCUUCAUAAUUACGCAUACCGUAACCCUCAUACCUACUCAUACCGUGACCCUCAUACGUACUCAUGCCGUAGCCCUCAUACGCACUCAUACCGUAGCUCUCAUACGUACGCACACUGUAACCCUCAUAUGCAUGUCUAGUCACAACUUCCCGAAUAUAAUAUCACAGCAUAAUUACUACAAAUUUCACCGCUUACACCGGCCAAUUACUACAAAACGGGCUAUUUUCGAUACUACGUUUCGUAGGCACUUGGCACGCAAAUUCGUAUCGUGCGCGCGAAAAAAAACAUAACCUUUCGCACGCUACACACCGUGCCGUGAUCUGGCCGACAAGUUUUUCGCAAUUAUGGUUACACGCUUUUAUAUUGUAGAAGGGUAGUCAAUUAGGUAUUGUUGUGGUCUAGUAAUUGAGUAAGAGAUUGCUAGCAAGAAAAUAUUCGUAGUAAGUACCAAUUCACAAAAAAAAUAAAAAUUUUUUGUCGCAGCGACAAAAAUUUUUUUGACUUUCCCUCUCCCCAUUUUUUUCUGUUUUACUACGUCUUUUACUUUUACAGUAAUACUUCCACAUUACAGCAAUUUUCCACAGAUUCUAAAAUAUAUAUUUAGCUGUUUCGUAUGCACACGCAAACUAUCUUGUAAACUAUGCCGUGACACUUUAUAAACGUAACAGUGUUAUCAUUUUAACAUGUACAAAGUGUCGUCAGGGUGUUACAGUAUUUUAUUGUAAACAUAUUUUUAAUCGUUUGUUGCUGUUAUAUUUCUAAUGCUUAGGUAAUAUCUUUCACUAGUGUAAGUGGUAUCUUUGAAUGGCAUAAGUGUUAUCUUUAAUGUAUAUUAGCAAUGUCUUUACCACAGCAAUAGCUGGAAUAUUUCAUUCAAAAACAGUACGUGGGGCUUCGCCCUACCCUAUCUUACCACACUCUACUCUACCCUUCCCUACCUUACUCUAACCUAUCCUACCUUACCCUAUCCUACCGGCCUAUCCUUUAUCUCAGCCUUAAAACUCAAAGUCAUUCCUAUCCUUUAUCCUACCCUUAUACAUCAAUCUUAACCUUAAGCUUCUCCAAAAACACCCCCAAACCUAACUAACCCCAUGCCAUUUUCAGAGGCGCCGUAGAAUCGUCGCCCGACUUUCAAGUGAAGCGAAUGUACGUGGCACGAAUUGGCAAGCGCCAGGUCUACCGUACUCGCAUCGGAAAAUAG